AUGGAGAAAGAGAGAGUGAGUGAUGAGAUGUACCGUGAUGAGCCUUUAGGUUCCGAGUUGGCCGUGUUUGAAGGAGGCGAAGGGAGUGGUGUGGUGUUUGCACCUCUAAGAGGUAAUGACCAAGCUAGAACUCAACCGAGUAAGUGCUCUGGUUGUAAUGCAAAGAAACUGCAAUGCAGGAGAAAUGUUGAUGUUCUUGAGAAGGGAGAUCUGGUGAAUGAGAAGAAGCUUAAUAGACAGGAUAGAAUCGAAUUGGGACGUCUUUUCCAAGGUGCUAUUAGCACACAGGAAUGGGAGCUUUCCGAGAGACUGAUUCAGCUUGCUGAUCCACAAACUUUGAAUGAUUUGUUGUGUAUUAGUCUAGAUUCUGUUUGGUUCUUGAGAACGGAGCAUGAGUUACGGGGAAUCACGGGAUUGAUUGCAAAGAUCAUAUGUCAUGGUGCUCAUGACUAUACUAGAGCUACACUUAGGACUUCAUUUCUUGCUUCGUGUGUCUCAUCUUGCCGGAGCCGCACUGUGAGUCUUGCCGAUACUGUAACUGUAAUGGCUCAAAGGUUGCAAGAGCGUCUCCAAGAGUGUAGCGGAGAUGAGGUUCUAAAAGCAGAAGCUGGUGCCAAAGUUCAAAAGUUUACGGAAUGGGCCAUCAGAUGUAUAGGUUUCCACUCCCAGUGCCAGGGCCCCAGAGAUAAAGCUAACCGAGACUCAGCAGAGAUCCAACUCCAGCUUUCUGCUUUCAAGACGUUCUUAGAUCUUGCAGGAAACCAUCUAUCAGGAAAGGAUUUCACAGAAGCCUUUGAUGCAGCUUGCUUCCCGCUUACGCUGUUCUCCACCUCGUUUAAUCCUGGCUGGGCUUCUGGAAUCUCAGCUACGGUCAUACAUGGAUUGCUCGGUAUGCUAGUGGAAGGAGGCGCAGAUAACGUAAAUCAGUGCUUCCUUGAAGCUUCUCGUUUUGGGAGCACAGAACUUGUGCGCAUCUUGUUGCAGAUUGCUCAAAGGAAUAGCUUAGACGUGGAUGUGGACUUAGCCCUGGGUUUUGCGUCGCAUUAUAGUAAAAUCGAAACGAUGGAUUGCCUAGUGGAAGAAGGUAAUGCCAUUGCGUUUUUGGGUCCAUUGAUGAGAGCAGCAGAGAGAGGUUGCAUGCAAGUUGUUCAAUGGUUUGUGAAAAGAGGCUGUCGUGAAAUGGAGCUGUGCUUGGCUCUAACAGCCGCCACUUCAAGCAGCCAUGACGAGGUCGCUGCUUAUCUCCUUCCUCAUGUACCAAGACCUGUCCUCACUGCUCUCAGCAUCGAAAUCCUCAAAGCAGCCGGUGAAAGAAGUGGUGGUUCCUUCCACGGAGUAGAGUUUCUUCUUAAAUCAGAUUUCCUCGGUGAUCCGGUAGCCACUUAUUCAGCUGCAGAGACCAUUGCAAAGUCGGAAGACGAGUCUGUUCCUCCAGAACUGAAAUCGUUUCUCCAAGAACACUGGUCAGAAGCUGCAUUCAACCAAGGAUUGAAGGAAAGCCGCGAAAACUUCAUCAACUUCAUGAGGGUAUUGAAAAUCGGCGAGUCUGCAAUACGUUUAAACGAUCUCCCAGCACCAUUGAGGGUUGCAAUCGCUUACAUGCCGCUGUACAGAGAGUGUGUGAAGGUGGGUGGACGGUUGCUCUCACAAAAGCUAAGAGGACAGCUCAUGGAAGCUACGAAACAGCUUCAAGGCUUCGAUGUGGACACAGAAGACGUAAACAAAGGUCAUCAGCUCAUGGCCGUAUUGGAGCAUUACCUUCCUCUUUUCUUGGUCAAAGCUACUUCACAAUGA